AUGACUAAAUUUAAUUCUUUUUUUGUUAAACAAACCUCAUUUGAUGUUGAUUAUGCUCCUACACAUAUAACUAAAUGGAAAUCUCAAAGAACAGGAUUACAAAUAACAUAUAUUAAUCAACCAUCGCCAAUUGUAAAUGGUUAUUUUGCAGUUGCAACAGAAAUUGAAAAUUCAUCAGGGUGUCCACAUACUUUAGAACAUUUGAUAUUUAUGGGAUCUAAAAAGUAUCCAUAUAAAGGUUUAUUAGAUUCCUUGGGUAAUAGAUUAUAUUCUUCAACUAACGCAUGGACUUCGGUCGAUCAAACUGUUUACACAUUAACUACUGCUGGUUGGGAUGGCUUUAAAACUUUAUUACCUAUAUAUUUAGAUCAUUUAUUCAAUCCUACAUUAACUGAUGAAGCGUGUUUAACUGAAGUUUAUCAUAUAGAUGGGAACGGUAAAGAAAAGGGUGUUGUAUUUAGUGAGAUGCAAGGUAUUGAGAAUCAAUCAUGGUUUAUACUGUUUCAAAAAAUGCAAGAAUUAUUAUACUCAAAAACUUCUGGUUAUAGCUCUGAGACAGGUGGCUUGAUGUCGGAGUUGAGAAAUUUACUGAAUGAACAAAUUAAGCAAUUUCAUAAAUCAAUGUACAGACCAGAUAACUUGUGUGUUAUAAUAACUGGUUCAAUAGAUCAAGACGAGCUUUUAAAUAUAAUGACUGAGUUUGAUAAUGAGUUACCAGAAAUCACUUUGAGUAAACGGCCAUUUGUUGAUUCAGUACAUGAUGGACCUUUACAAGAAACAGUAGUGCAAGAAGUUGAAUUUCCAGAACAAGAUGAGUCAAUGGGUGAACUUUUAAUUUCAUGGAUUGGUCCAAAUGGAAACGAUACUUUAAUUAAUGUUGCAAUCGACAUGAUCGGCUCUUAUUUUACAGAUUCACCAAUUUCAUUGUUUAAUAAACAUUUAAUUGAAAUUAAAAACCCACUAGCUACUGAUGUUGAUUAUACUACCGAUGAUUAUUACAAUACAGCUAUAAAUUUCAGUUUCAAUGGUGUACCUACUGAAAAAUUAAGUGAAUUGGAUCUUAAGAUUAAAGAAUUGAUAAAGUCACAAAUUGCUUCAAAUAAUAUAGAUUUAAACUAUAUGAAACAAGUAGUCAAUCAGCAAAAACUAAAAUACAUUUCAAGUGCAGAAAAGUCAUCAUCAAUAUUUCAAAAUAUUGCAACUUUAGAAUUUAUUUAUGGAAAUCGGGAUGGUUCCGAUUUAUCAAAAUGGGCAAAAGAUUUAAACGAAUAUGACACUUUAUUAAACUGGACUGCUCAACAAUGGAGUGAAGUUAUAGAUCAAUAUUUUGUUACAAAUCAUUCAGCUACUAUAUUGGGCAAACCAUCAAAUUCAUUGAAUGAACAUAUGAAAUUGGAAGAUAAAAAAUUACGUAAAGAAAUUUUAAGUAGAUAUGGAGAACUGGGCUUAAAGCAAUUGCAAGAGAAAUUAGAUUUAGCUCAAUUAAAGAACGAUACUCCAAUACCUGAUGAAAUUUUGAAUAUAGCAAAACCAGAUCCGUCAAAAAUUGCAUUUAUAAAAACUAACUCUUAUAGGGUUGGUAAACUAAACACAACAAAUGCAUAUUUGGAUAACGAAACAAUCAUAAAGGACACACCAGAGGAUUUUCCGUUGUAUAUACAUUUUGAAGAUUUCAAAUCACAAUUUACAACUAUUCAGUUAGUAAUGUCAUCAACGAAAAUUCAACCUGAAUUACUCAAAUAUAUGUCAAUAAUAGAAGAAAUCUUUUCAAUGUCAUUGAUGAUAGAUGAUACGUAUGUCUCAUAUGAAAAUGUUAUAUCUGAUUUAAACGAAGAUAUGAUAGAAUAUCAUUUAGAUAAUGGUUAUGACUCACAAUUUUUAGAAUUGAUAACAAUCAAUGUGAAAUUUGAGACUAAAAAGUAUAAAAAAAUUAUAAAAUGGUUGUAUGAUAUUACUCAAAAUGUUUUAUUUGAAGAAAAUAGAAUUAAAAUCAUAAUAGAAAAACAUAUAAAUUCAUUAGCUGAUAAAAAAAGAAAUGGAGAAUUGAUGAUGUAUUCUUCACAAUACAGGAAUUUAUUUAAUGCAAAUUCUUUAAGAAAAGCACAAGAUGCAAUGUAUACGGAAACAUUUUAUAAAGACUUACUUGAAGAUAUAAAUGAAGGAAAAUUUGAAACUGUUAAAAAGGAUUUAGAUACGAUUAAAUCACAAUUGUUUACAUUGGAAAAUAUUAAAGUUUUGAUACUAGGUAAUAUUAAUAACAUUGAGGAUCCAGUUAGCUCUUGGAAAACUUUCACAAAAUUGGCACCACCUAUAAAUCAAAUUCCAUUCGAUCAAUUACCAAGAUCAUUCCAAUUUAAGUCAGAUUUAGGCAUGGCAUGUAGGUCAGCAGCUCAUUUAAUAGAGAUACCAGCAGCAGAUUCUACUCAUUUCAUAUCUUUAACUUCAAUACCCACUGAUUAUUUAGAUGAAGAUAUCUUUAGAAUUGCAUUAACUUCAGAAUUUUUAAGUGCAGUAGAAGGACCAUUUUGGAGAGGAAUUAGAGGUACAGGUUUGGCUUAUGGUGUAAAUAUAAGAAGAAACAUUGAAACGGGAUAUUUAACAUUCAAUCUUUACAGAAGUUCAGAUGCCAUUAAAGCAUGGAGAGUUUCUAAAGAAAUUGUGGAUCGAUUUGCCAAUGAAGAAGUGGAAAUUGAUGACUUAGUAUUGGAGAAUGCAAUUGCAACAAUCAUCAAUGAAUUGGCAAAUGUUCAGGAAAAUACUUAUGAUGCGGCUACUUUCAAAAUAUCGGAUAAUUUAUUUAAAAGAAGGGGACCAAACUAUAUAAAGUAUUUCAUUAAACAGUUAAAUUUAUUAAAAAAAGAAGAUGUAAUUUAUACUUUAAAGAAAUAUUUUAUAAAAUUAUUUGAUUCAAAGAAUUCUGUAAUCUUUACCUCAUUGCCAUCUGAUCAAGUUGAAGAUAUGGGUAAUUUCUUACAAAAGCAAGGUUAUAACAUUUAUGUUCAAGAGAUAAAUGCUGGUGAUGAGUCUGAUUUUGAAAGUGAAACAGAUUCAGAAAGUGAAUAA